UACAGUCCUUGUCGAUGUCAUGGGAGGCCCCAGGUGGGGUGUCAACCCCCAGUCACCCCCGCCCACCCUUGCGCCCGGGAGUAUCACCUCGCCCCCCGCACCCCAGCAGGCACCUCGACAACGAGGACGCCAUGGAUGAGUUCCCUGUGCCCCCGCCCCCGGCCCCCGCCGAGCAGCCCGUGCAAGCCGCCGUCGUGCCCGCCGCGCCCGAGGAGCUCGCCGCCGAGGAGCAGGCCGCCGCAUGCACCCUGCAGCAACAGCAGGCCCCGCAGGACCAGGCCGCUGCCGUGGCGCUGGACUCUACCAAGGCAUGCAUCAGGGCACCAUCUGCCCCCUCCCGCCCCCACACCCCUGCCGCAAGGCCCCCCCAACUUGUUAUACUGCAGGACCAGUCUCCUAAGCAAUCAAAUAAUGAGAAGUAUUUCUGGCGAUAA